UUUGGGUAGCGUUGACCGAUGAAUUGACCUUGGCGCUUCAUACACAUUAUAAGAAGACAUUGUUAUCCUUUUUAACUGUUGUGUUGUGUAGUCCUGAAACAAUAACAUGAUGCUUCGAUUCCUAGUGCUGCUUCUUACGUUGGCAAGUUGUAGGGAGAGUAACAAAAUGGCGAAAGCAGAGUAUAACUAUACGGUUGAUUCGGCGAGAGCGUCUUUGGUUAGACAAGAGGACACCAUCAUUUUUGGUUUGAUUGAGAGAGCCAGGUUCCCCUUAAAUUCUCCAACCUACAAUCAAAGUUACGCUUCCAUUCCUCAAUUUCGUGGCACAUUGCUCGAUUUUCUCGUUCGUGACACGGAGGUCAUUCAAGCUAAGGCUGGAAGAUACACUAACCUUGAAGAAAAUCCUUUCUUCCCAGAAAAUUUACCACCUUCGGUUGAGCCACAUUACCCCUUCUCACAGUUUUUGCAUCCUUCAGCCGCUAUGAUCAACAUAAACAAUGUCAUUUGGAAACUGUACAUUGAUGAGCUGCUUCCAAUAUUUGUUGCUUCUGGUGAUGAUGGAAACUAUGCACAAACUGCUGCUACCGAUCUUUCAUUGUUGCAGGCAAUCUCUAGAAGGAUUCAUUACGGAAAGUUUAUUGCCGAGGCCAAAUUCAGAGAAUCUCCUAAAGGCUAUGAGCCUUUAAUUCGUGCUAAGGACAAAGAAGCAUUGAUGAAAUUAUUGACAAUUGAGAGCGUUGAAGAGAUGGUGGUGAAGAGGGUUAAAAAGAAGGCCAUGGUGUUAGGGCAGGAAGUGAGCCUUGAUCGUAAUGUCAAGGGAAUAAAAUACAAGGUUGAUCCAUCAGUAGUUUCUUUCUUGUACCAGAAAUGGUUAAUACCCCUCACAAAAAACGUUGAAGUCGAAUACUUAUUAAGCCGCUUAGACUGAAGUCAUUUCAAUGCUAUCAAUCUAUGUAAAAUAUCUAAGGAUUUCUGAGACUAUCAAUUCUAGGAAACAUGAGAAAAAUAAGAUUUCACUUUUUAGUCAUUUCUUUA